AUGGCCGUUUGUCGACUUUGGGAUCGAAUUGUUUUAGAUGGCCUCGGCGGCGCAAUGGAGCAACAAAAGAAUGCCCUCAGCAAUGAAAGACGAUGGGACGCUCCACAUGUGCUGCCCAAAAUGAUGUGUGUGUGUCUUGGUAAGACCUUGGGUGUCUUUCAGGGGUUGGUGCUGGUCCCUGGUGCUGGGUGCUGGGUGCUGGGCGGUGCUUGGUGGGACAGUUGGACAGGCAUCGUGGAAGGAACGCGUGGAAGUGGAUUCGGGCCCCCUCCACGCUCGGCUAUCCGCGAAUUACGGCCCCGGCUCACCUCCCGUCGUCAUCUUGGGUCAUUGGUUCCCGUCACGGGCCAGUGGGCCCAGCUUGCCCAGAGGGGGCCGACAUUGUUCCGGUGGUGCCGCGGGUCCGGGUGCUACCGAGCGCAAUGCACGUAUCUAGGCACAUAG